AUGACGAUAAGUAUUCUACUGUUAACUAUUAUUUUCGUCGAAGCGAUUGCGAUCGACUCUGAUCGAGUUGCUCUUGCACCUUUACAUGCCGCCGUGCACAAUCGAGUUGCGGAGCCAUCUGGAGCAUCUCCUUUCCAUAUCGGGAAGGUUCACUCGGCUAGACCGGUUUUCUUCCGGCCCAGAUCCCCAGACGCUUUGUUGAAGCGUCUCACUGCACACGAUAUGCCAAAUGUGCCUUCGGCGUUCUCCAGUGCAAAUCUACUGCAGAAACGCCACCCAGGUGUGCAUUUGACAUCUCUACCGGAUAAGACUUCUCAUCCUCAAGCAAAACCCGGUCAAGAAGAAAGCAAUAUCCGGAAGGCUCCAGAAUGGGUAGAACACCUGCCAACCCACUCCAAACAUAAAUUCAUCAUUAUGAAUUUGGGACAGUCGAAGGAGGUGAUCAAGCAAUUCUACGGAGGUGCAAAUGGUGGAAAACCCUACGCAAUACCGACCACAAAGGAUGUCACACAGAAAUCGAAAAGAAGUGACCUUGAUAAUGAAGAGGCGAACAAGAUUGCAGAAAAAAUCAUCAAGCAGGAGCUCAAUCGUGCCAAAGUCGCCAAGUUCGGCAAAUCUGCUGGUAAUGCGUAUGAGGGCAACGAAAGUGGGCCAGACAUGAAAGGAGAAGGCGAGGCAGCUGCGCCUUCUGUCGAGCAAAGUGGAUAUACAACAGAGGUGAAAGCUGUAGAAGCUGAGUGGUCUGUGAAUAACAACAAAGUCGACGAAGUCCUCAGUGGAUAUAGUGAGUCGACUUCUGUUGGAGAAGCGGCAGCCCUGUCGCCACAAAAUCCAUCGAGUUCCGCGUCUUCUGGUCCACAAGUGAUACCAUAUGCACUAUCAAAGAGCGUAGACGGAGACGUAACGGGACAUGGCAAAAACUAUUGUCCUCCAUGUGCAGAGCGACUGCACACUUCUUCUCCAUCAACAGUAGCAUCACUAGCAAUUACAGCCCCAACACCACCUGAAGCAGACACUUCACACUCCGACUCUGCAGCUGCUCCUUUUCCAGUGAUGGAAGGUGGUUCGCAAUCUGAACCAUUACCUCCAUCCUCUCCCGUCGAAGUGGCUCCAGCAGUGAUGCCUUCCUCUGAUAAGCAUGAGUACUCUCAAGAGCCACCACCCGUACAUGUUACUGUGCCGACAUCGGCACCUCAAACCGUUCCACCCGCUCCUUCACCAAAUAUUCCUCCAGAACCGAUAGCGCCAGAGAUCAGCACGUCUAACGAACAAGGAGUGAGCUCAUACAAGGAAGAGAUUGCGCCAGCUCCCGUCGAGCCACUACCGCAGCCCGAAUCAGGACCUGCGACUUUGUUACUACCGCAGACGGAGUCGUCAACAGCGCCUCCACUUCAGCCAGCUCCUUCACCCAAUAGUGUGGCUACUGGAGAGAGGGACGUGCAUUCCUCUCAGCCACUUCCUGAACCAUCUCCACAUACAUCGGCUACGAGUGUAGAGCCAUCACCAACGCAACUGCAGGAGAAAUCGUCAGGUAGAAAUUAUGCAGUGGAAGCUGGUGCAAGCGCACCACUGCAACCAUCUGUUCACUAUACAACAACGACACAAUCGUACUUAUCAUCGGCACCUUCGCAACUACUCGUAUCAGAAGAAAGACCUGUUGUUAAUGCACAUACUGCAUCGCAAGUGUUACCCACGGCUUUCUCUUCUAGUUAUUCGGCUGCUUCUAAUGUUCCAGAAGGAGGAAACAGCAUCGGUAGCGGAGCUUCAGUUUCCGAAAACUCCUAUUCAGAUAAGAACGAGGAAACACCUGCUUCCGCUGCUUCGUUCUCGCAGAUACUCCCAGCAGAAGCAAAGUCAUCAGAAUCGCCGGCAUCAGUAGCUGUGUUAACUACAACUCAACAAGCCUUUGUUCAGCAGCCAGAUAUCUCUUUAGGAGAGAGCAGCUACUCAAAUUUAGAAGAGGAUCAUACAGAAAUACAGGCUCCUCCUAUCCCGGCUCCGGCACCCGCCUCCACAUACAUAGAAGAAAAAUCCUCGCAUCAAUUUAUGCAAAUCCCUGGCCUUUCUGUGCACCCUCCUAAUCAGCAAACACACACAGAAUUGCUGCCCGAACUACCUGCAGGAGAGGCGACAGUAUCUCCGCAGCCAGAACUCCGACCGGAAGCUAUAAUCAUCCCAUCCACCUCUACAACACCUACACUGAAGACAUCUGAUUCCGACGGCAGUCCACACUACAUAAAUGUUUCUCCCUCACACGGCUCCGAUCAUUCCUCCUCUAGUAGUUCUCAGCAAAUUCCGUAUGUUCCUGAGACAGCUCCAGCAAUUACUGAAGAAUCCGAGCCAGAAGACCUUGCUCCGAGUAAUGCUGAACAAUCGAGCUAUAACGACAUUGAGGAGGACCACGAGCAGUCCCAUGGACCACCGACGAUUAUUGAUCCCGGGAACACAAGAAAUAUUCCGCAAGUGAAUGAGGAAGUCGAGGAAGUCGCAAAGCCAGCAUAUAACAGUCAACCAAAAACAGCAUACCACAGCCAACCAAAAGUAGCAUACAACACCCAACCAAAAAUACAGGUCAAUCCGGCCGCAUACGAGGUGGUCCGACCGUAUGCACCACGACCGUACCAACCACGACCGGUUCCACAGCAACCAGUGCUUCCACCUGCCCCAGCACCUUUGCCCGUCUUUCCACAGCCGGUACCUCCACCAGCACAACCUUUCCCAGUUUAUCCAAUACCACAAUCUCCCAAUCCGUACCCAGUCUCGGCGCCGUCCUAUCCAGUGCCACAGCGUCCGCAGGGAUGUUGUGGUGGACAAUUGAUCAGUCCGCAAGGCCAACUGUGCAUGCCCAUAAAUCUAGAUCCUUGUGGAGGAUCCCGUCCUCAGCAAUACCAGAGAACAGAUGGAGGAUGCGGUUUGGCUUUUUCAUGGUUUGAAAACUCUCUGCACCUGACUGUAUACAUAUUCGCCUUUCAGGAACUUGCUCAGCAACUUGUCUCUCCGCAUGUCAGGCCGCCUCCUCGCUCGGAUGUGGCAGCGGCAACUGUUGCGCGUUCCGAGUGA